UUGAAUCAUAAAUGAACAAGCCCAUUCGCGUUGCAACCGCAAUGAAGUAAUGUUAUUUGAUGGAAAUACUGCUUCAUAAAGAAAUAAUAUCGGUGUUAUAUAAGUAUUUUAUGCAUUCGUUUGAAUUCUCGUAAUUUUUGAAGUUAAAAUUUGAAAAAAAUACUAUUUUAAUAACAAUAUUUUUGUGAUUGUGGAAGUAUUUAUAUUUAGUAUUUAGGAUAAAAAAGAAAAUAAAGAGAUACUUUCGCACAUGUAUGUGAUCUAAAAAAUCGCGAAUGCAAGUGACCAACACUGACGAAAACAAUAAAAACAAACACUUAUGUAUAACGUAGAUAACUUGAGUGAUGUUUGUGCAAAAGAAUAAACAACAGAUAACAGUAACAAUAAUAACACAAAAUAAAAUAGUAUAAAUUAGUAAUUAAUACUGUGUACUUAACAUAACUACUGUAAAGACUGCACCAUUUAGCAUAUAGUUUGGAUAAGCAUGGAAGAUUUCAAUAUUUGCACCAUAUCGUUAGUGAUAAUAGUAUUUAUACUUUUCAUCAUUCGGAUACUCUCCUUAUCAAUUCGAAAUAUAAUUUUAUUGCGGCAACUGAAGUAUGAAGCUCGUCUACGUGCCCAAAGUAGUGGAAAUGCCAGCCCACCGGCCGACGGCAGCUGUACAGAAAACGCAGCGCCCAGAUGCGACAAUCCGCCAACAUACGAGUCCGCCAUGGCAAAUUAUCUCGACGCAAAGCAACAGUUGCGCGAGAUGGAAGAGGGUGCCUUAGCUGGUGCUAAUGCCAUGACGGCUUCCACAACGACAAUCGAAACGUGUAUAUCUAAUGUUGACCAAAGUCAUACAGACUUGAGGACCACCAUAAACGAUGCCGCACCCACAGGCAGCGAAUCACCAAGGCAGCCGCUGCAGUGAUAAAAAUUAUAUACAUACAUAUUAUGGGAUUACUAAUGGUCUAGUUGUACAAUUCUACUGAAUAAAGAUAUAAUGCCUAUAUUACACAAGUGAUCCACCACAAGCAAGUCAUACAUACGUAUAAACCCAAUGCUAUAUACUGUACACUUUAUCACAAAAAAUAUAUGUAAACAUAUGCAAUGCAAAACUGCUUACA